AUGGCUCCUUUAUUAGACAACCCAAAUGACGCAGUAUUACCAGAUUUCAGGACAGCUGAUCACACAACAGCCAGGGCUAGACUCGUAGCCAACAGUGUCGGCAAUGAUGCUCAAGCAGCAGAGCUUUUAGCAACCUUGUGGACGUUAAACAACAAUACAGCCAGAGAGCUCUGGGCAGAGCAAAUUGAAGAAGCUGCUAGAGAUGCCAAAGAACAAACCAUCGCGGAUGAACAAGAAGCAGCUCACAAAGAGGAACAAAAGAAAAACAAGUCCAAAUUCGUUCCUGUAGGCAACUCCAAGGUUCCUUCCAUACCAGUCAUCAUCCUGUCUCACUAUGCCGUGCAGAAGUUGAAAGCAGGAGAGUAUUGUGAGCUCUACUAUUUCACUAAUAAAGGCUGA